AUGAAAUACACUGCUGUUACCACCCCAUUCGGACUGUACGAAUGGCUCGUCAUGCCACAAGGAUGCCGCAAUGCUCCCUCCACACACCAGCAUCACAUGUUUUCUGCCCUCCGCCUGUUAAUCGGUAAGAUAUGCCACAUCUACCUAGAUGACAUCAUCAUUUGGUCACAGAGCCUUGAGGAACACAUCCAUAAAAAGACCUCCCUAUUCCUCACAGAACUCUCCUUCUUAGGACACGUCAUCUCACAGGUUGGAAUCCAAGCAGACCCACAGAAAAUUGAGAAGAUACUGAACUGGACUGUGCCAUGCAGUGUGCCCCAGGUUCGUGCCUUCCUCGGUCUCGUCCACUACAUCGCGCCUUUCCUAUCAAAACUUGCCGACUUCACCCACAUCCUCAAUCCCCUCACCACUAAAGAUGCUGAACUCUCAUUUCCGCCUUGGUCAGAAGAACACCAGAUUGCUUUCGAUAACAUCAAAGCCCUCAUCUGUAGUCGUGAAGUUCUGACGUCCAUCGACCACGACAACAUGGGAAAUAACAAAAUCUUCGUGUCGUGCGAUGCCAGUGACUUCCGCACAGGUGCACUCCUCUCAUAUGGUGCAGAACCCAACUACCCUGUCCAUGAGAAGGAGCUUCUUGCUAUCAUGCGUGCACUGAAAAAGUGGCACAUUGACUUACUGGGUGUGCCCUUCACCAUCUACAUGGACCAUCGCACCUUGGAGAAUUUCUUCCACCAAAAGGAACUCUCCAGACGGCAAGCGCAUUGGCAGAAAUUUCUCGCAUAG